CUAGUAACUUAGGAAUGCUUGUGCGGGAGGUACACGUUUAGCACUUGGUCCAGAAUCUCGCAAGCUAUACGAAUACAGCGGCGGUUUUGUGAGAUGUUUUCUAGUGGCACUGCACUUCUAUUAAAUCAGUGCUAUUUGCAGCAAGUUUUGCGGCUGCUGUGCGUCUCUGAGGAAUGAUACUUGAGGCAAAAGAGAAGGAAAAAUGGUAGCAUAACUUUUGUCAGACUGCAUGAUAAAAAAAAAUCAGAAUAGAAUUUAAUGUAAUUCAAUGACUAUAUGAACAAAAAUCCUCAGCAGGCUCAAAAAGAUCUGCAUUAAUGACUGAACGAAGCCAACGGGAUCCUUAGCCUCAAGGAGACAGCAACCAAAAUGGGGAACAAGAUAUCUAAGAAAAAGAAUUCGACAGACACCUCCGAAGCAGAUGGGAUGCCGCAGGAAGAUGCUCCUAUCCCUCCGAGCACCGCCCUCCACGACCCCAACGUGUGUUCAAUCGUUCUGGCGAUGCACACUUUCCACAGACGGGACGGUUCGGAACUCUCCUUCAAUAAGGGAGAUAAAAUGGAGAUAAUCAAUAACCAGGACCGGGACUGGUGGCUCGGAACCAAUCUCAGGACGGGCGAGACAGGCUACAUCCCCGUUCCUUACGUAGCUCUCGCCUCUUCCCUCGAAAGUCAAGACUGGUACUUCGGGAAAAUCUCGCGUCUGGAAGCGGAGCAGCUGCUGCUCAGUAAAUACAACGACACCGGCGCCUAUAUGAUAAGAGCCUCGGAAUCCUGCCACGGCCACUCCAUCAGCAUCAGGGCCUUCAACUGGGCGCUGAACCGGCCGGAGGUGAAGCACUACCGCAUCUACGGCUCCGUCUCGGAAGGCUUCUACAUCUCCAAGAAGAAGUCCUUCUCCACCCUCAACGACCUCAUCGAGGACUACAUGCACGACAACGGCACCGAACUCUCCAUGCUCCUGAAGACGCCCUGCGUGAGGUUCGAGCCUGAACUGUCGGACAUCUCCCGGGAGUGCGUGAACAACUGGGAGGUCUCGCGGGAAGUCCUGCAGUGGAAGCGGAAGAUCGGCCAGGGGUCCUACGGCGAAGUGUGGCUGUGCUCUUGGAACCAGACAGUGGACGUGGCUGUGAAGACCAUGAAGAAAGGCUCGAUGCUGGCCCAGGAAUUCCUCGAGGAAGCCAAGAUCAUGAAGGGCCUGCGACACAAAAACAUCCUGACCCUGUACGCCGUGUGCACGCUCCAGGAACCCAUCCUGAUCAUCACGGAGUACAUGAACCAGGGGUCCCUCCUCGACUUCCUCCGAGAUGAGACCAGGUUGAGGGAUAUUAAUGACCUCAUUUACAUCGCUUGUCAGGUCGCUGAUGCCAUGGCGUAUCUAGAGUCGCUGCAGCUAAUCCAUCGUGAUCUGGCUGCGAGAAACGUCUUAGUGAAGGACGGACUUCACUGUAAAGUAUCGGAUUUCGGGCUGGCGCGAAUCAUAGACGGGGAAUAUAACCCGACCAGCAAUCUGAAAUUUCCGGUGAAGUGGACAGCUCCCGAAGCAUUCCUGAAGGAUACUUUCACCAUCAAAUCCGACGUGUGGUCCUUCGGCAUCCUUUUGACCGAAAUAUUUUCCUGGGGCAGCGUGCCUUAUCCUGGCUUAUCAAAACAUGAUGUAAUGACAAGCAUCCAGCAGGGAUAUCGAAUGUGUAAGCCAGAAUUCUGUCCAGACGAAAUCUACGAACUUAUGUACUGGUGCUGGAAUAUCACUCCUGACGACAGGCCGACGUUUGACUACAUCUUUAACUUCCUUCAGAACUUCGAUGUACAAAGAGUGCGUGGAUAUGCGGAGGCCCGUCAGCUGUACUGAGAAAAUGGGUCAUCUUCCUCUCGAAUCCUCCAGGGGAACACUAUUAUCAGAACGUAUUGUUCACGUGCCAUGUUAGGAAGAUGUUACGGGGCAAUCUCUUUGAGAUGUUUCCAUUUUCUAAUUCUUGGUGUUUAACAUAAUGUACAAGUGAUGUUCGUGGAUACAAUAAUAGCUUUACAUAUACUGUAGAUGAUUCGUAAUGAUUAUUUUGUGGUCAUUCCAUGAAUACCUUAAUAUCUGACUAAAUUACCGAUAAUUCUCAUAGCUUUAAUUGUCUGUGUAAGGUUAAGAUGAAUAUAACAACAGAAAUACGAUCUUCGAAAAGAGGUUAACUGGUGUAAGGCAUCUUCUCUGUGGCAUUCAAGCUUGCUGCAAUUAUCAUCAUUAUCAAUAUGAAACCAACGUAUUGACUGGGUUGUUAAUGUCAGCCAAACGUCAUUUACAAUUGAAGAAAUGGUUUCUGUAAAUUUCAUCCCUAAAAUUUCAUAGGAAGGCAUAGUAAUUUACAGUAAAAAGUAGAUGGCAAAUCGGGAAGAGAUAAAAGAUAUGUACUUUUGCUUACUCUCAUUCUCUCAUUCCGCACGACUUGAGAAUAUUGAAAUCAGAAUAUUGAAACGUAACCCAGAAAAUACUUGUAUGAAAAAUUAUUUUUCAUUUACAAAAUAUUUGGAUAAUUUUACCAUGGAUAGUAUUAGCCCUCGCUUUUUCCUAGCUAAAUAUGUGCAUUUCCUUGUAAACAGGGACUUGCUGCUAUGUACUGAUUGUCCUCAAUUACAAGAAAGGCUGUGCUUAGUGAGGAAAAGCUGUGUUUAGUGAGAAAGAAAUUAGCACUUUUGUUGCAUACUGAAUGUUUAGGUGACAAAUUGACCACGAGAAGAAUAUGGCAUCUCCUUUGAGUCUUUAGAUGGGUGUAAAUCCGAGCAAAAGAAAUUUCCCCCUUUACAAAUAAGCAAUUGCUUUUCUCGCAGCCAGCCAUCGAACACUAGUUGAAUAUUCCUUUGCUCGUUACCGUGUGUGUGAGUGUAUAUGUGCGUGUAACUAUGUGUGUAUGAAAGUGUGUACAAUAAAUCUAGUGUAUUGACAUAAAAGCAUAAUGAACAUAAUUAAUUUUUAUUAACUUUAUACGCCAUUUCUCAUUUUAUAACAUGUAAUGAUAUUUCAUACACCUACCCUUUACGGCAUACCCUCUUGGUCUCGGGCAUCUCAGCAUAUCUGUACAUAGUCACUGCAAUGCACCCAUGAAUAAAAACAAAAUUCCAAAUCUGGUGAACUAAUGUUUCUAAUGGGAUUGACUCCCGUCCACUCAAAUCGUAUGUAGUACGAAAAUAUAAACAAACACAGAGGUGCCACUUCCACCGUGCACUGAAAACGGAUGUUUCAUGAGUGCAGGAAACUGUACGUAUAAAGGCUUUUUAGUGAAUUUAGUAAAUAUAUAUAACCAUAUUGUCAUAUUUUCGCCGCCCUAGCUGUUGGGGCAAGAGGCUAGCCUAGGGCAGGGUUCUUCAAAGUACGGGUCACAAGCUCAUGUUCAGUGAGUGCCACAUAAUAAUUCUGAUAAUAUAUUUAUGUAUUUAGUAUGUAUGUAUAUGGAUAUGUAUGUACAUAAACAUCCAUAUGUAUAUACGUGUGUGUGGGCCUACAUAUCUGAACUGAUAUCGGGUUGAAAGGUACGAUAGAAUGGAAGGCAGUGUACAAAAUCAAAUUCGGUUGUGAUGAAAAAAGUAUGAAGAACCUUGGCCUAGGGCGCCAUGUUGCAGCCCUGGAAUCUGAUUGGCCACCUUAGGUAGGUGUUGCCCCAUUACAUCAUGCACUACGAUUAGGCGAGACACUAAUGUAGUAAUUGAAGCAGGUAAGGGUAGCGCGGAGAAGGUGGUAAAUCACUUCAGUUGUUAUCGGCAUGUGAAUAACAGAAUGAGAGUAUUUUGCAGAAAUUGUAAAAUUACCGCGAUGUUUCGUUUUCGCUUCGAUUUCAUUUAAUUUUCAACUUAUAAUUUUUGAAUUUCAUAAUCAACAAAUAUAUGGGUGUAAGUAUUCACUCGAAUGCAUGCGUAUUGGUUACCUACGAAUCAACCAGAAAUGAUCACGAUCUUUAGGGACUGUUUAGCGUUUGAAGCUAAAAUUCUACAGGGAAGAUGCCUAUAAACCCAAACUUUGUGAAAGCACUGAACACUCCCUUGAUGUUUUGAUCGUCUACGUACGUAAAACAAAUUUAACUGAACAUUAAUAUCUUUUUGUAAUAACAUUUUAUAAUGAAGACGAUUCACCUAUAGUCGAUAUCAAGUUUUCUGUCAAUACUAGCUUUUUGUAAUAAGAAUGAUUUAAGUUCAGUAACCUCAAGUGCUAAGAAUGGCAACGUUACUGCGCAAUUUAUAGCCGUUAGUGGGCGCCAUUUCUGGUCACCACAGGUCCGUAUUUUAAAAAAUCACUGGAAGGCAGAGCUGCAUUUAAAUUGUGUGACGAUACUCUAUGUAAAUUGUACACAUUACACAUUUUGAAAUAAAGCAACCAUCUUUUGUA